CUGUGGGGGAGGGGACAAGAUGGCGGCGUCCGUGGGGCGAGCGGGGCCCGUGCUGGGCCUGUGGGUCCCGCCGAGGAUGAGCAGCCUCCAUCAAUGGAGAAAUUCUUUCCUGAGCCAUUUUCUACUGUCCUGCAAGCAGUUACCUGUCCACACAUUUCGAACUGAUACGAGGAAGUUCCACACGGCCGCGUCCCGAGCGCUGUUCCGCCUGCGCCCAUUCCAUCUCGUGGUGGCUACAGGCGGUGGGUAUGCAGGGUACCGUCAGUACGAGAAGUACAGGGAUCGGCAGCUGGAGAGGCUGGGCCUGGAGGUCCCACCCAGGCUUGCAGGAGAGUGGGAGGUCGCCCUGUACAAGUCUGUGCCCACGCGGCUGCUGUCCCGGGCGUGGGGGCGGCUGAACCAGGUGGAGCUGCCCACCUGGCUCCGGAAGCCUGUGUACAGCCUUUACAUCUGGACAUUUGGCGUGAACAUGAAGGAGGCAGCCGUGGAGGACCUAGACCACUACAGGAACCUGAGCGAGUUCUUCAGCCGCAAGCUGAAGCCGCAGGCCCGGCCCGUGUGCGGCCUGCACAGUGUGAUCAGCCCAUCGGACGGGAAGAUCCUCAACUUUGGCCAGGUGCAGAAUUGCGAGGUGGAGCAGGUGAAGGGGGUCACCUACUCCCUGGAGUCCUUCCUGGGCCCACGCGACCCCCCCGAUGACCUGCCCCUCAGCAGGAACGGGGGCGGUAACGGCACUGGCAACGGUAGCACCACCAGCAAGGGCAGCGCCAGUGGCGGCAGUCAGGCUUCUACAGCCACAGCUCGCAACUCCUUCCAGAACCAGCUGGUCACCAAGGAGGGGAAUGAGCUCUACCACUGUGUCAUCUACCUGGCCCCGGGGGACUACCACUGCUUCCACUCCCCUACGGACUGGCGAGUGGCCCACAGGCGGCACUUCCCAGGCUCCCUGAUGUCAGUGAAUCCCGGCAUCGCCCGCUGGAUUAAGGAGCUCUUCUGCCACAACGAGAGAGUCGUCCUGACUGGGGACUGGAAGCAUGGCUUCUUCUCCCUCACAGCUGUGGGCGCCACCAACGUGGGCUCCAUCCGCAUCUACUUUGAUCGGGACCUGCACACAAACAGCCCCAGGUACAGCAAGGGCUCCUACAACGAUUUCAGCUUCAUACACAGUAACAAAGAGGGCAUCCCCAUGAGAAAGGGAGAGCACCUCGGAGAGUUCAACCUCGGCUCCACCAUCGUCCUCAUCUUCGAGGCUCCCAAGGACUUCAGUUUUCAUCUGAAGCCAGGGCAGAAGAUUCGGUUUGGAGAAGCCCUGGGCUCCCUCUAGAGCCAGAGUCUCCGCCACGAGGUUGACGCUGCCGAGGAAACUCCUUCGGAUCGACGUGAGGGCGAAGGCUUCCCUGCGCCUGGCUGUGGGGAGCGACGAGGUGCCUUGCUCUGCUUGGACAGGCGUCGGGGGCACCGAGGACUUCGUCCCAGCGUCCCAGAAUGGCCCCCAGCUCCACCAGUCAAGCCUUUGAGAAGGGAGGAGAGAGGGAACCUUGCCUUAUCCCGUCCCUUCUGCCCCAAGCUAGUGCAGGCAGGGAUAAGCUGGAGUUUAUUUUUGGAUUCUGCACCAAUUUUAUGAACUGGAAAUACUAGGUCUAUACUGCAUCAGGUUCCAUGGGUAAUGAUUUUCUUUUGAAGGUGGUAAACAUUUUAAUUCUCUUUCCGUUAGUGGCCAUUGUGGGAUACAGCCCAGUGUCUUAGCCUCCUCCCAAUAAAGAUUCCCCUGAUUUCCUGGAGCUUUUCAGGCCUUAAUCCCUCUCAGUGUCUAAUCCA